UUUAAAGAUCUUCCGCUCCAAAUAACAAAAAACUUAAUUAUUUAUUAUAUUACGCCUAAAUUCCGUGAUAAUUUACAAUGGGUAAAGUGGCGACAGCAGAAGUGGUUCGAUUCAUGUCCGACUGUUUAAAGGCGGUAGGCACAUCAGAAUUGGCGGCUAUACAACAAGCCGACUUACUUAUACAAGCUGAUGCUUUAGGACAUCCUAGCCAUGGACUAAAUCGACUUGAAUUGUAUAUUAAUGACAUUCUAAAGGGAACCUGCAAACCCAAUAAUGAGCCGAGGAUAUUGAAGGAGAGUGCAUCAACAGCUUGGGUGGACGCUAACAAUGUUCUGGGAGCUACUGCUAGUCAUUUCGGCAUGAAUCUGGCUAUCAAGAAAGCAAGAGAUACAGGAGUCGGUUGGGUCACUGUCAAAGGUUCAAAUCACAAUGGCAUGGCGGGUUAUUGGGCAAAUAAAGCCGCAGAUGAAGGUUUUAUAGGAAUGGCUUUCACAAACACAUCGCCUCUGUUAGCGCCUACGAGAAGUAAGCAGGAAGCACUGGGCACAAAUCCGAUAGCAGUGGUGGCGCCGGGCUCACAGGGGGAAUCCUUCUACUUAGACAUGGCUACUACAGCUGUUGCAGUGGGCAAGAUAGAAAUGCAGUUGAGGAAAGGAGAACCGAUACCAAGUGGCUGGGCACAGGGACCAGACGGGCAGGAAACCACCGACGCGCAACUGGCUUUUGAUACGAGCUGUUUAAUGCCACUAGGAGGCGGAGAACAAACGUCAGGAUACAAAGGAUUUGGCCUUUCGGCGAUGGUAGAACUGUUCUGUGGAAUAUCCUCAGGAGCGAACUAUGGUCACCACGUGCGUGCAUGGUCACAUAGCGGAGAUGGGGGUCCAGCAAAUCUGAGUCACUGUUUCGUUGCUGUAGACCCUCAGCGUUUCGCUCCCGGCUUUGGAGAUCGUCUUACUGAUUGCAUUCAGCAUUGGAGACAGCUUGAACCGACGGAUCCCAGUUUACCAGUGCUGGCUCCGGGAGACAAAGAAAAAAUAAACGCCAGAGAUGCUGCUAUCAGCGAAACAGUGUCAUACAUAAAACAACAAAUUGAUUCCAGUUCCGCUCUCGCAGAAAGACUCAAUGUUAGACCAAUGAAUGUGGAACUAGAGUAGGUUCGUAAUAGGUAAUAAUAAAAAUAAUACAACAUCACGACUGUCAGAGACAUUGUUAAUUUUCGACGUAAUGGUGAAACCAACACUUUUAUUUCUUUUCCUUUUCUUUAAAUAAUAAUAAGUGUGGUAUACACCACAAAGCGUAAAAAACCAGCAAAACCUGUGAAAAUGAGACAAUAGUAAUAACAAGCUCAAUACAAUUCACACAAGGCCAACUAGACCCCAGUUAAGCUAGGUAAAGCUUGUCUUAUAUGGGUUCUGGACAGCUGAUACAAAUAUAUAUACUUUUAUUUUUUUUAAUAAAUUAAUAUAAAUCUACAUAGAAAACAUCCAGACCGAUACAAACAAUCAUGCUCAUUAGUACAAAUGUUUGUGUUGUGCGAGGAAUCGAACCCGCGACUAUCGGAAGUAAGGUGGUGUGCUAAACUGUUAGACCACCGAGCCCGUCAAAUGUAGUUUUAUUACAGACGAUAUAUCAAAUCUACCGUCAGUACUUCUUCAUUACUUGAUAUGCCACAUUCCGUUGGGUAUAUUUGAAUCAAAUGUGGCAGAGGACGAGCCUGUCACCGCCUCUUGACAUAAUGUUGCUUGCUUAACGGUAAUUCCAUCAUUGGACAGUAAGUCAUAAAUAUUUAUAAAUUGACAAAAAUGUUUUUCGAUAUCAGCCAGCUUUGAAGUCUU